UAAGUAUAUUUUAUUACUAAUUAUUAAUCAUUUUGUCAGUUCUAAAAAAAUUAGUUCUGAAUUUAAAAAUAAAGUGUUUAAAUUGCUAUAUUUUUCUAGUAACGACGCAAAUUAAUUGUUUGUUAUUAAUUAGUAUUAAAUUUAAUAAUAAACUCAACUUAACAUAACAACCUAUUACUAAUUACUGAAAUGAAAUGAUUAAUAAGUUUGAUGCAAAAAAAAAACAAGUGGGUCAAUAGGGAACAGCAUGUAAGCACGUAUACAGUAUACAACGAGUAAAAUUGUUGCUGCGGUGCUGAGACCCUGGUACAAAUCGGCGCAAUUGAUGCGUCCGGACGGUCGGUCUGAAAGUGCACGAUCGUGGACAGGGAGUACCCAAAAUGUUGGGGAACAGUCUACAAAUACGGGGAUCCCCUGAACGUAACCUGCGCUACAGCGACAGCGUUGAGGCAGGUCAUGGUUGGGAAGACCAGGCACACUUAUUUUCGUCAAAGAGGUGAUGUAUCAAGUCGAACCAAUAAUUGACGAAAGAUAUCUUACCUACACGAUUUUAAAUGGAUUUGCCUACUAUCAAAGCGCAUCUAAGUGCACAUGCUUAUCUCUGUUAUCACGUUAAUAUCGGGUUAUUGCAUUUUUUAAAAUAAUUUCGUCGCUGUCACAUAUCAAUGUCGGUAUUAUAAUAGUAAAUUAGUAGUAAUGGUUAGAUCUUCAUACAUGUAGAAUUUUACACCUAUAGAUGUAGCCAAUUUUAUUAUUUAGAAUUAAAGAUGUUAAAUAAAUGAAAGAAUUUAAUGAUAUUAAAUAAUUUAAAUAUGUUUAUUAAUUAAUAAUUUAAUUGAAAAAAAUAAUACUAACGUUUAAGUUAUACAAAAUAAAUAAAACUUAUUGACAUAUUUCUAAUAAAUAUUUGGAACAUAGAUUUAUAAGUUCUCAUUAAAUCUGUAAAAAUAAAUUUAAAAUUCAUAUUUCUAUUACAAAAUUCUAAGUACAAAAAGUUUUUUUGAAAAAAAAAAUGGCAAAAAAUAUUUAUCAUAAGACUAGUAAAUCAACAUUUCAAGCAGCAUCAGUACUUCAAGUUAAAAAUCCUUUAUCAUUAAACCAAUUAGCACGUCAACUUUUGCCAAUAAAAGUCUCUAAUGGAGAAAUUGAUGUUGAACUGAAAAGAGCUUAUUGGCUAGGAAAUUACUCACAUAAAAAAAAAUCAGUGAUUAAAUUUAACAGUAAUACAAAAAAUCAAUUGAAGCAUGUACUAGGAUUGAAUAAACCUCCCAAAGAUGUUCUGUCUUAUAGAGAUGCUUUAAAAUUAAAUGAACUGUGGAUUUCUUAUAUAAAACAUGUCAUAAAUUUCAAAGAUUUACAAGCAAGAGGAUGGAAUGGUACACCACAGGGUAAACACUGGGAACAAUUAGCAACAAGUUUAUACAAAUGUGAUUUCCAUGGAGCCCUUAUUAAAAUAAUAAGCUCCAAAUGUUGUUCAUAUAUUGGAGUUUCCGGUGUUAUUGUUUUAGAAACAAAGUAUACUUUUCAAAUUGUUGGAUCAGAUGAUAAACUUAAAACUGUUUCAAAAAAAGGCUGUAUUUAUGAAAUAGAACUUGAAGGGUUCCUUUUUCAUAUAUAUGGACAACAUUUCAUAACACGUUCAAAAGACCGAUCAAAAAAAAAGUUAAAAGACAAUUUACUUUUACAGAUCUGAUAAAUAUUUUGAAUUAACAUAUGAUAAAAAUUAUUUUUAAUGUGAAAGUGUUGGAAUACAUUUUUUAAAGAAUUUAUUUAUAAAUAAAACUUGAAAUAAUAAACCAAAUUAUUAUUUUUGUGAUAAAA